AUGGCUGCAGCGCAACCAACUCCAAUUAGAAGAAGGUCAACAAUUGUUGACAGUUUGAAAAGAACAGAAACAUUUAGACAGAUUUCAAAAUUUAGUUGGUGGGACUCAGAAAUGAAAAGGGAAAGGUUGAAAGUUUAUUCAACUUUUUUAAGAAAUUAUUUAAUCUUAUCAGUUAUCUUGACUGUGAUUUUGAGUAUUUAUUGGGGGUCUUAUUAUAAAAGGGAACAACAUUAUGAUAAUUUUAGGAUAUUGGUUGUUAAUGGAGAUCAAUCUGAAAUAAAUGGAGUUCAGCCAUUAGUUGGGAAAACAAUUGAAGGUGUUGCAUCUAAUCCAAGGAUCCAAAGUAUUGGUAAAUGGUUACCAGGAAAUUUCACUAGAGAGGAAACAAUAGAGGAAGUUCAUAAGCAACGUUAUUGGGCUGCAAUUUACGUUAAGCCUAAUAUUAGUUAUCAGCUAUAUGAAGCUAUAAGUCAAAACAACACCCAGUUCAAUGUCACUGAGAACUUGGUGGAGGUUAUUUAUGAAACUGGUCGUGAUUUAUUAACAAUGCAGUCAUAUGUUAUGACAAUUUUGAAGAAUUUCGAAAAGGCUUUCAUUCAAGGUUUUAAACAAACAUACCCAGUACUACUACAAGAGCUACCAGAUGAUGCUAAAACAAAUGCAAUUAGCUUUUUGUCAAAACCACCAACUUUUUACUAUUAUGAUCAUAGACCUGUUUUAUCAUCUGUUUUAUUAGCCCCAUUACAAUUAGGGUUGACUUAUCUUGUUGUGUUUGCAUUUUUCCAAUUCAUAAUGACCAUCAAGAUUCAAUUAUUUUUAGCUACAAAAGUUCAAGGUUUCAAAUAUAUCCUGUUGAGAAUUUUUAUAUCACAAGUUUCUUAUGUUGUGAUCUCAUUAGCCUAUGUUGUUUUGAAUGCAGCUUACAAACUAGAUUAUAAGGCCACUUUUGGGCAUUCAGGAUUCUUGGUCCUUUGGUCAAUCUCAUACUUAACCAUGGCUUCAUUGGGUGGAUUGAAUGAGAAUGUUGCGUUAUUAUGUUUUACAUAUUUCCCACCGUUAGUUGGUGGUUGGUUGGUGUUAUUAAUGGCAACAAAUGUGGCACCAACAGUGAGUCCAAUGGCGUUGACAAACCAUUUUUUCAGAUAUGGAUAUGCCCUACCUAUUCACAACAGUUAUGAAUUGGUUAAAGUUGUUUUCUGUAAUACUUAUAAGGGCCAAAUGGGUAGAAAUUUUGGUAUACUGAUUGCUUGGGUUGUGCUAUCCAAUCUGAUGAUCCCCUUCACUAUGAUCCAUGUUUCCAAAGUGAAAGCUAGAAGAGACAGAGAGGCCAAAGAACGAGCAUUAGAAGGGAAAUGA